AUGGUUCUUUUACUUCGUCCAGGCUUGGGGCAAUACCUUGGCCGGGCCUUCAGCAGCCAGUCCUUGAAUUCAUCCUUGGAGUCGCUUGCGUCUGAACUCGUGCCGGUGGCGGGGCGGGGACGUGGACGCAGACAACGAACGCCGGUACAGUUUGUCAGGGUGCCAGCCCCAGCUGAAAGCACUGCCCUGACCAAGUGGGAGGAUGAUGCCCUGGUGCCACACACUCCGGCAGAUGGCAUGCUGGUGCGACAGCAGGAUGCUUGGCAUCAGCAGUUGUCACAAGACAGAAUCAUGGAACUGCACAGCAGGAUAAUGGCACGAAAAGCUUUCCUAAAGCAGGCCUUGGAGAAGCCAAAGCCACCAACCCCUGUGGUUGACACGCUCCCAGAAGAGGUUGUGCAGGACGUGUUCUCCUCGCUGGUGGUGGAUCCUCAAGAGGAGCUCCGAGCUCGCAGGGACUUCCGACGAGCUGAGUCGUUGGCUCUACAGCUGGAGCACUUGCUGGCCUGUCCGCCGCAGCAGCUCCACAAGGUGCUGAAAAGCCAAGGAGUUCGGAUUGCAAAGGUGGCUUCCUUCCCUCAAGAUGCCGUGGCAGCAUCAGAUGUUCUCGUUUACUUUGAAUGCGAUGGAGACGAGCCCAAAGUGCAAAGAACAUUGACGAAAGCCGCCCCAGCCUUAGCGACUGCAUUGGCCAGACGCUUGCUCAUCACUUCGGUGCCUUCAUUGCGUUUUGCACCCGUGUCGGAGAUGGACAGAGAAGGCAACACCAGGGAAUUGACACCCUCGAACUGGAGAUCUAAAAAGAGGAGAAUACUUGUGUACAAGGCCAUGCAGUACAGCCUGACAUGUUUGGAGAUUGAUGCAAUGUCAAUUUUGGAAACAGUUCCUCUGCAGAUGUCAGUCGCAACAAACUGA